UGAGGGUCGUUUCUGAUGAGUGUGCGCUUCUGUGCAAAAACACCGGAAGUAGCUUACUGAACAAACGGAAACGACAUCUCGACUCGAUCAUCCGCGAUGUUUUUUUAAGGAUUACUAUUUACAGUAACUCGUAUGAUGUGAAGCCACUCUAAAGAGACCUGCCUUGAUGUCACAAUGGACACUUCAUGUAAUUUACUUCUACUCUUGAUGUUUUUGCACUAUGCAGUAGGUUUCACUAAUAGUUGUGUGAAGAUCCAUCCAGACUCCAGCAGUAACAUUGUUCUUGAGGUGGGAAAAGACUUCACCGCGACAUGUCACCUGCGUGAAGGGUCCACUUACACCUCAGAUGAUAUUGAAUGGCUUUCGGAGAACGGCAGCAUUCCAAAGCAGUUUUACCACAGAAUAAAUGAAACGGCUGUUAGUGUUACUGUUAACAUCGACAGUGACAUGAACGGUUGGUUGCGGUGCAGAGCCACCAAGGAUUCCCUGUCAUACGUAAAUCCAUGUGUCUAUGGAAUCUCACUCCAUACGGGAUAUCCUCCAUUGAAACCAAAGAAUCUGUCAUGCAUUGCUGUGCAAGAGGACAAGGAUAUUUCCCCUAACUUAAACUGUAGUUGGGAUCCAGGAUCGCGAAACCCGCUGAUCGAUACAACUUACACCGUUUAUGCCAACGUACUUGGGACCACUCAAAAACAUAAAGCUGACUGUAAUCAGCAUCUUGCCAGAUCCUGCGUCGUCAAUCUGGAAACCUUUCCAAUUCAUAUGAUUUUAAAAGUCUGGGUUGAAGUGAAGAAUGCUCUGGGGUCAGAGGAGUCAGAACUUCUAAAUGAUUCAUCUUAUUUUGCAAAACCAAAUCCUCCACUGAAUGUCCAAGUCCUCGCUGAAGUUAACAUCCCUACAUCUCUCAUGGUUACCUGGAAACAUCCCAUUGACAGGACCAUUAUGAAACUCUCUUAUGCCAUCAGAUACCGCAAAGCAGCAUCUGAUGUUUGGAUCGAGGUGCCGGAGAGCUUCACCAGAGGGUACAUAGAGUCGUUCAGACUGCAGUCUCUGGAGCCGUACACUGAAUAUGUGGUGCAGAUGCGAUGCAUUGAAGAAAGUAAAAGCAGUUACUGGAGUGACUGGAGCCUCAAUGUUAAAAAUAGCACUGCAGAAGCCAAGCCAGCAAGCGCACCAGAUCUUUGGAGAAUCAUUCAGCCCACUUCUUAUAAUAGAAAUGUCACACUAAUAUGGAAGGAUCCUGUAAAAGCUAAUGGAAAAAUAUUGUUGUAUAACUUGAGUAUCAACCAGGAUUACAAAAUGUUUGAAAGCCACAGUAUAACAGCAGAUAAUAGCCAGAAGUAUUGGAUGGAGCUGCCACCAGGAAAAAUGGCCAAUAUUGAAAUAACUGCGUUCAAUUCAGUUGGAGCGUCUCCUAAAGCAUCUUUGUUCAUUCCAGGAUCAGAUAAAGAGCUUCCUGGCGUGGAGGAUAUGAGCUGGUCUGUACUUGAUGAAAAGCCAGAGCCGAAGUUGCAGGUGAAGUGGACUGCUGUCCUGCCUCCUCAUCCCACUUUACAACUCUCCGAAUACCUCCUGGAGUGGGUGAAAAUCACACAGUCUGUGCAUCAAACAGAGCUGCAGGUCGGCUGGCAGAGAGUCCCUAAAAAUGUCAACAUCACCACACUAAAUGCUGAUUUGAAGGAAUACAUGCGGUACAACAUAUCAGUGUAUCCAAUUUACAAGAAUCAUUCAGGACACAGGCUUUUCCAAGCAGGACGUCCCGUGACCAGACCAGCCUACAUUCAACAAGGACCUCCAAAAGAGGGUCCUACUGUCACAGUGAAAAAAUCCAAGAAGAACAGUGCCGAGCUGACGUGGAAUGAGAUUCCUCUAGACAGCCAGCAGGGUUUCAUCACCAACUACAACAUAUCCUAUGCCAUCGGGAACACUAAGCAAUGGAAAUCUGUGAUGGUGGACCCUAAUGUCCAUUCACACGUGCUGACGGAUCUGGCCAGUGAAACCGAUUACUUGGUUAACGUCUGGGUGUCAACAGAAGCAGGAUCUUUCAAAGGCACUGAUUGUACUUUCAAAACUAUGAAGUACGGUGAUGGAGAGGUGGAGGUGAUUGUAGUUGUGGUUUGCCUCGGCUUCCUGUUCCUGACCGUCUUUAUCAUAAUGUUCUGCCUUCGGAAAAGAGAAGUGAUUAAGAAGAUGUUGUGGCCGCAGGUUCCAGAUCCGUCUGACAGCUCCAUUGCCCACUGGUCACCUGAUUUCCCCAUAAAGGCCGACCUGCCCAAAGAAGAUGUCAGCGUGGUGGAGGUGGACGUGUUUGACGGCAAGUCCCUGUGCGAGGAAGAAAAGGGCAUGCUGCCGCUGAAGAAGGACAAGUAUCUGUCGGAGGAGCACAGCAGCGGCAUCGGAGGCUCGUCCUGCAUGUCUUCGCCCCGGCACAGCGUGUCGGACAGCGACGAGGGCGACUCGGGCCAGACCACGUCCAGCACCGUGCAGUACUCCACCGUGCUGGGCAGCGGCUACAAGGGCCAGACUCCCAGCCACCAGCCUCCAGCGUUCGCUCGCUCCGAGUCCACACAGCCGCUGCUGGACUGUGAGGAGCAUCCAGACCCUCUCAAAGAGAGCCAGUCCAGGAGCUCAUACUUCAGACGCGGCCGAGAGCUGGAGCCCGGUGUCCUGGCUCCGGAGUGUGACGGAGGCUCGCUGACCUUCUGUCCGGUGCAGGAGGAGGAGGUGUCUCCCGUCACAGAGGAGCCACCCGCCUCCGCCUUGAGUUACAUGCCGCAGAAGAGCGGCUACCGACCUCAGUAAAAGACGCUGGUGCUUUAGAGACGGCCCUAAGCUACUGUAUCUGAAUGUGCCUGUCACCGACUUUUAUGUUUGGCAUUUGAACAGGAUUGCAAGCUUAUUCCAGAUGUGUAUGUAACACUAGACUGCUCACACUGCCAUGUGCCUUCAGAUGGAGAACGACUGCUUGUAACUCCAGCCACUUCCUUCUUUCUGACUGUUGUUCUGAACCGCAUGCAUGUUUUGUUGUAUCAUUGUGUAAAAAUGUGGAUUUUCAUCUCAAUUUCACUGCAGGUCAAACGUUUUGAACAGGAAGAUCACUUCCGCUCACCAAGCCUGCAUUUAUUUGAUCCACAGCAAAAGCAGUAAUUUUGAGAAAUAUUUUUAGUAUUUAAAAUAACUGUUUUCUAUUUGAAUAUAUUUUAUAAUGUAAUUUAUUCCUGUGAGUUCAAAUCUGAAUAUUAGCAUCAUUUCUCCAGUCUUCAGUGUCACAUAAUACUUUUUUUGGAGGGGGGGGGGUUGAAUUAUGGAAAUAAAUACUUUUAUUUAGCAAAGAUGCUUUAAAUUGAUCAAGACUGAUGCUUAAGACAUUUAUAAUGUCACAGAAGAUUUCUGUUUCAGAUAAAUGCUGUUCUUCUAAACUUUCUAUUCAUCAAAGAUACCUGAAAAAAGCUACUUUUCAGCAUAAUUGUUUUAAAACAGCAAAUCAUCAUAUUCGAAAGAUUUCUGAAGACUGGAGUAAUGAUGCUGAAGAUUCAGCUGCGCAUCACAGGAAUUAAUUACAUUAUAAAAUACAUUCAAAUUGAAGGUUAUUUAAAAUUUCAGACUUUUACUGUUUUUGCUGUACUUUGGAUCAAAUAAAUGCAGGCUUGGUGAGCAGCAGAGAAUUCUUAAAAAAAAAAAACUUGACUGAUAGUGUAGCUGUUGCUGAUUUCUUGCCGAUUGGUCUGUGGCUGGUGAAUGUGCGAUUUCACUCGCUUCCUGCAUAGACACAGCGUUGUUUAGAAAUUAUGAACAAUCUGUGCCAAGUUGCAUUAUGGUAUUGACACACAUUACUGAUAAUAGUAUUUUAAAUAUGAAUAUUUUUAACAAUAUGCAACGGAAUGCCGACCCUAGCUUGAGUUAACCUUGCUUUCGUGUUCCUGGUGAUCAUUCUCUCUUAGGAUAAAACUAACACUACAUUGAAAUAGUUAUGAAAUGCAAAUUUAUAACUGAAUGCCUUAUGUCAUGUAUUCAUGUAUCUCUGUGUGAUUAUUGUUUAUAUCAUUGUAGGAGUGUAUUACUGAUACUAGAUCAAAUAAAGACUUUAUUCAAA